AUGGGGAGGAGGAUAUUGAACGACGCGUUGAGGACGAUCGUGAAUGCUGAAAAGCGAGGGAAAGCUUCUGUGGAAUUGAAGCCUGUCUCUACCGUUAUGUCUUCCUUCCUCAGAAUCAUGAAGGAGAAAGGUUACAUUAAAAACUUUCAAGUCCAUGAUCCCCACAGAGUUGGAACAAUAACUGUUGACCUUCAAGGAAGGGUCAAUGAUUGCAAAGCUCUCACUUAUAGGCAAGACGUCAAGGCUAAAGAGAUUGGACAGUACACUGAACGCACUCUUCCAACACGCCAGGUUUUUCUUUCUCCCCUGUCAUAUAAUCCUGAUAUUUGCGGUAACUCAACCUUGUUUAAUCUGUUAUGUAUCCAGUGGGGUUAUGUUGUAGUUACAACUCCUGAUGGCAUUUUGGACCAUGAGGAGGCUAUCAAGAGGAAUGUUGGUGGUCAGGUUCUUGGUUUCUUCUAUUGA